CUUUCAAGUCGUAAUCAAACCGCGACUGUGUUUCCCGGAAAGAAGAGACUAAUCUUUUACAUAGCACAGUGGUGAUUGCUGGAAAAAAACAUGUCUGGGAGUUUCUAUUUUGUCAUGGUUGGCCAUCAUGACAAUCCUGUUUUUGAAAUGGAGUUCUUACCUGCUGGUAAAGCUGAGUCAAAGGACGACCACCGGCACUUGAACCAGUUCAUUGCACACGCAGCCCUCGACUUGGUGGAUGAAAACAUGUGGCUUUCCAACAACAUGUACUUGAAAACGGUGGAUAAGUUCAACGAGUGGUUUGUCUCUGCCUUUGUCACUGCAGGACAUAUGAGAUUCAUCAUGCUCCAUGAUGUAAGACAAGAAGAUGGAAUAAAAAACUUCUUCAAUGACGUGUAUGAUUUAUACAUCAAGUUUGCAAUGAAUCCUUUUUACGAAACAAAUGCUCCAAUCCGCUCGACGGCAUUUGACCGAAAGGUGCAGUUCCUCGGAAAGAAGCAUCUCUUAAGCUGAUGAACUAACCAACAUUUUAUAGUCAACUUGAUUCUCUAGAUUUUUUUUAUUUUCUUCAUUAUAUGCAGUUUUCAUGCACAUAGACAUAAGUACAUGUUUAUAACAAACAUCAUUGGUCUAAAAUCAUCUGUUAUGAGUCUGAUGAAUCCACUACCUAUUGUACUUAACUACUGUGGUAUAUCAUACAGUAUUGGGCUAUGUUACAUGGGUAAAUGGAAGGCAUGUGUUACAAGAUUUCUGUCGCUUUGUGGAAUAGUGACAUGAUCUUUGUGCUUUACUGUAAGCUUGGUAAAAACAUGUACUACUAUAAAUAAUUUAUACGUUCUUUCGUGUACUGUCCAGAUCUAAUUUAAGGCCCUGUAAUUUAUGUUCCGAAGGCCUUGCUGGUGGACAUAUGCCUGUGCCAUAACAUUUAGGGGAUCCUCUUAGCCAGAGGGACUUAAAAGUAGUGAGAACAUAUUUUCACAUGUGGAAAUCAAACCUGCGACCCUGGCAUUGCAACAACCACACAUGAGAGCAAAAAAGAACACCUUGACAAUUAACAUCAAAUGACUUAAUUAGUCAGAGUAUGUAAAGGAAGUAGCCACUGCCAGUACGGUCUUAAAUAUAAAAUCACAUGACAGUUGACUAGGUGGAAAGUCUGCUUGUAAUUGGUUCUAAAAUGUUAUAUACUACACCAGGUUUCCCAAAUGACUUGCGACUGAAGUCUUUGCCUUACUGAUACCUUUUUUAAUUAAGUGAAUGUCAUAAAGGGAAUGAAAAACAGUGUUUUUGAAAGACCACUCAUGAAAAGUUUUUAAUCAAAUAAAAUGUUC